UCUGUGACGGUGCCAAUCUGAAAUGAGCGUUAUUAUUAUGAUUAUGAUUAUGUUGUUGUUUUAAAACGUGUUCGGGUCAACGUCGAAGUCCGACUGGAGCCAUUCAGCGCGCUUCCAUUGACGUGUUGCUUUUUUUAUGAAUGGACAGCAGGGGAGGAAGGGGGCGCGGGACUGCCCGGCCUGUGAUUGGACGAUGACGGUGGCGUCACGUCCGCCGUGACGCCAUACUCUUCAUUCAUCAGGAAAAAAAAAAAAAAGGAGAAAGGAAACGAGUGGAAACAAUCGCGAGGAGAACGCCGGAGUGAGAGCGGCAACAAUGAGCGAGAUGCGCGCAUAGAGGAGAGGCGCUGCGGGUGCUGGGGGUGGGCGGCAAUCCACGCGGGAUCCGGAGGCGAGCCGUGCAGCCACAGCCGAGUCCGCCGAAGAACAGUUGCACUGCAGCCCCGAGACGAGACGAGCGAGCCGCUAUGGAGGACGUGUGCGAGAUGGAGUGUCCGGUGCUCAAGCGGCUCCUGAAGGAGGACGACGCCCGGUGCCUGCUGCUCGACUGCCGCUCCUUCCUCGCCUACAGCUCGGGGCACAUCCGCGGGGCAGUCAACGCCCGCUGCAACACCAUCGUGCGCCGCAGAGCCAAGGGCUCCGUGCUGAGCCUGGACCAGGUCCUGGCCGGGGACGACGAGGUGCGGGCCCGCCUGCGCUCGGGGAUGUACUCGGCGGUCGUGCUGUACGACGAGAGGACGCCCGACCCGGACGCGGUGAAGGAGGACAGCACCGCCAGCCUGGUGCUGCACGCGCUGUGCGGGGACGCCACGGCCACGCGCAUCUACUUUCUCAAAGGCGGCUACGACAGGUUCUUCUCCGAGUACCCCGAGUUCUGUUUGAAGGCAAAAUCCUUGCCGCCGCUCACGAGCCAGUCCAGCGUGGACUCGUCCUGCUCGUCCUGCGGGACGCCGCACCACGACCAGGCCGGGCCCGUCGAGAUCCUCCCGUUCCUCUACCUGGGCAGCGCCCUGCACGCCUCCAAAAAGGAAGUCCUGGACGCCAUCGGCAUCUCGGCGCUGCUCAACGUGUCGUCCGACUGUCCCAACCACUUCGAAGGCGCGUACCAGUACAAAUGCAUCCCCGUGGAGGACAACCACAAAGAGGACAUCAGCUGCUGGUUUCUGGAGGCCAUUGAGUUCAUCGACUCCGUUCGGGACUCGAGCGGUCGCGUCCUGGUCCACUGCCAGGCGGGCAUUUCCCGUUCGGCCACCAUCUGCCUGGCCUACCUGAUGAAGAGGAAGCGCGUGCGCCUGGACGAGGCGUUCGAGUUCGUGCGGCGGCGCCGCUCCAUCAUCUCGCCCAACUUCAGCUUCAUGGGCCAGCUGCUGCAGUUCGAGUCCCAGCUGCUCGCCACCUCGUGCUCAGCCGAGGCCGCCGCCACCGCCAGCCCGCUGCUGGCGCCCAAGACGUCGUCGGGCGUGGCCUCGGCCGCGGCCACGCCCACCUCGCCCUUCAUCUUCAACUUCCCCGUGUCAGUGGUGAACUCCGCCUACUUGCACCACAGCCCCCUCACCACCUCGCCAGGCUGCUGAUGGUGACGCGGUGACGCUCUGAACGCUUCCUGGCUCAAAAACCAGCUUCUUCCAAUAAGUGACCAAAAAAAAAAAAAAAAAUACCACAGGACUUUCGAGCAGGUUUGUGUGUUGGACUUGCGGGUGAGAUACACACUGACAACACGCACAACUAACGAGUGAGCACGCUUGGUGUGAAGAUGGGUUCUAUUGCCAUCAGGUUUCCAAAGGGGUUGAAAAUGUACACGAACAGUUAAGUUGGUGAGUUUUGAAAAUAUUUUCCAUGGGAUUUACGAAAACUAAGGUAAAUUAAAUGGGGGGAAAACAAUCAUUCAGUUUCUUGUGGAUAAGUGAUUAGCACAUCUGCUCCAGUUUUCUAACGUUGUUUGCAUGUCCUUCACAUACUUGUGUGGGGUUUUACUGUGUACUUCUUCUCGCAUUCCACAUACAUUUCUAAUUUAAUUGAAGAUCCUAAAUUGACCGUUGUAGUCUGGUUACCUUGUGAAAGGGGCAAUAACAUGGGCCCCAAGAUUGACCCCUGAGGAAUACCAGCGAAAAUGUAGUAAGAAUCAGACAUUUUGUCAACAGUGAUUGGCUGGAGACCAGUCCAAGGUGUACCGCACCUUUACUACAGCACAAGGUUGAGCGGUAUAAGAAAUGGACGGAUGGUAUGAUAUAUAUGAAAUCUUCUUUUCCUUUCGGCUUGUCCCAGUAGGGGUUGCCACAGCGUGUCAUCUUUGAUGAACGCGAAUUUGUUCGGCACAGUUUUACGCCGGAUGCCCUUCCUAGCCGGGGGAGAGAAUCUUACAGCAUCGGUAUUCCCAGGCGGUCUCCCAUCCAACUACUAACCAGGGCCAAACCCGCUUAGCUUCCGAGAUCUGACGAGACUGGGCGUUCUCAGGGUAGCGUGGCCGUAAGCAUUCAACCGUAAAUAUAAAUACUUUUUCCAACAUAAGAAAACAUAAAGAAUGAUACCAUUAAAAAGCAUGACAUGGAAACGAAAUUACAGUAAAUGUAUUUGUAUGUAGAACUUAAUUCUUUCGAACGCUUUUUAAAAAAAAACACAAAAAUACACUCCAGUUCCAAAAAUUUGGUAUGCAAAUGAACUUUCAAUCCCCCCCAAUCAAUUUCCCGUCAAUUCCCUUCAAAAGUUCCCAUCUUUAAAAACGACCCAUAAUGUUGAAGCCCUGGUUGCCACGGAGAUGACAACUCUUGAGGCCGAGGAGAUGGACACAGGAAGGGAUCCGGAAUUCAAAGCACCCGCUCCUUCCUCCUUUUGGCGCUCAUCCCGCCGCCACACAAAAGACGUGGAUGCGGGGAAGGGGGUUGGGGGGGAUAGAAAGCAGACCCUCGUCGGUGACAGGUGCUCCGCUGCCAGGCCGACCAGAGUUUCCUGUCUAACCUCUUCCUCACACGCGCUGACACAAAAACAGGCCUCUCUCAUCUCCUUUCAUGUCCCCCCCCCCCCACCCUCCUCUUAAUCUCCUCUUCUCAUCUUUGCCGCUUCUCAGUUGCUCAUCUCCUCCCUUGGAGGUGGCAGGAGCAAAAUAAUAAUCGGAAUAAUAAGACACCGACAAGAGGACAGGAAACACUCGCCGGGUCUGCUUGUUUAGAGCACGGCGACAUAUUCCCGAUUCGCCACAUGCAAUAGUUGCGCAUUUCGUUUUCGAUGACCAAUAUCUCAUAAUAAAAUAUUUCAUCUACUUUUCCUCAGCAAGGAUAUAAACUCAGGUUACUUUGUUCAUUUGUUGAUCUUUUUUUUCCCCCAACGCUGCUGCUGUCACGACCGAGGAAGGCCCGUUUUCGCUUCAGUCAGGCACGUGAGCCCUGCGCCCGAACUAUGAAUCCUUUCAAGAUGGCGGCAAUAGAUAGGAGUUUUUCGGUUCUUUAACGUCACAAUGGUGUCUUUUUUUUUUUUUUUUUUUUUUAGACUGCACUCCACGCUCUUCUGCAAAGUACAUUUUUCCCGUUUUUCAAAGAUUGUCGACACCUAUUUCCGUAGCACUUUGAAGUGAUGCAAUACUGUAUUUGUAAUUGACGCUGGCUCUGCUCAUCACAGUAACAGUAGAUUAUUAUUAUUUUUUAUUCUUUAUCGAACGUGGAGAGGAAGGAUGGAAAGUGAGAACCAAUCAGCGGAGGCGGGAAAAAAAAACUGCAAUACUUUUGUCUGUGUGAGUUCAUCUCUUUCUACUCUGCCGGCUCCAUGCAGUCGACCCGUUACUGUAUAUGGCAAUAGCAAACAUUCGCGUGUGUGUCCAUCGACUUCCCUUCAGUCAUAUUGUGUAGAAUGAAUGAACUGUGCAUUUAUUUAUUAUGGAAAAAAACACACUGUUGAAUAAAACUUGUUCUUAAGCAAACUGACUUUUUUUUUCCUGCACAAUGGUGUCUAAAACAAAAUUAUUAUAGUUAUAAUAAUUAUAAGACAGUGGGGUGAAAUGAUGAUUUAAGCCUCUGUUGAAUCUGUACAUUUUUAGUAAUUCUAAUUAGCUAUGGUGACAGAAUGUCAAAACUGUAUAAAAAUACAUGAAAUAAGCUAUAAUAUGUACAUUCACUGCAUUUUUUAAAAAAUACAUUUGAAUUGAACUACAAACAAAGUAGGGACAUAAAAAAUAAUACAUUCAGUAGUUUAUUCCUUGGUAAAUAUUAACAUAUAUUUAUAGCUCUGGAAUAGCUCAUAUUUUCUUAAGUAUAUGAUUGAGUAAAAUAAACUUUUUGUUGUCUGACAACAUAUCCCCCAAAUUCCAAAGAUUAACCAAAUAAAAUAUUGCCAAUUAGUGUGUAUUUGAAAAUUAAAAAUUGUCAAAACGAAAAUAAAAAAAAUUGUAGUCUCUUUUUUUCAGAACCAGGUUUCUGGUCAAAUUAAAUAUGGCAUUUGAUAAUUAGAUAAAAAAAAAAAAACAUUUGUUACACUUCAAUAAAUUGGUUGCGACAACGAAUUGCAGGUUUACAGCACAGACCAGUGGUCUGUAUUCACUUAUUCCUCGAGACAAAUGUCAUUACCGACCUCAAAAAUGACCUUUUAAUCUACUAUUAUAUCUAUAUUAUUGGUGUUACGGUUUAAAUAAUUUAUAACCGUAGCACUUGUGUCGGAUCCAUUUGUAAAUGUGUAGUGCGCGCCCUCUAGUGGAUACCUAGUGAAUUACCCCCGUGCGAGACUAAUCGGAAUUAAGAUUGAACUCCAUCCAUCCAUCAAUCAUUUCUUAGCCGCUUAUCCUCACAAGGGUCGCAGGGAGUGCUGGAGCCUAUAUACCAGCUGCCCAAAAGGAUUAAAAAGAGGUCCAGUACACAACUGGCUUCAACAAUGCGUACCACAAUCAUUAUGUUUGUAACAAUGGAUUGUAGCAUUAGUAUAAGGUAGAUGGGCCAAGUACUGUUAUUCUAGGCAUGAGUCUUCCACUAGUAGCCUCAGUGAGACUUCUAGCAGCACUCAAAUUCACAA